UAAAUGAUUAUCUCAGACAGGCCGGUGGCUGCUCCUUCAAAUAAUAAAAACCAUGAAAUAACAGGGAUGUUGGUCGCGCUGCAGUAACUCAGUUUAUCUGACCUCAUUCACCAAAGUACCGAGAUCAAUGACACAAACUGUCGUGCAAAGGAAAUAAAAUGGAAUAAGAGAAAAAGGGAAACAUGCUGACUGGUUGAAAAGUCCUGACCACAUUAUAUCACAUCAAAUAUAUCAACUGAAAACAGCUUGAAAAAUACCGCAAAUCAAGUUACAUCCAGGUAUUUCCCCGUGCACUGUGGGUUAUAGAAAUUAAAAUCGAAUGUGAAAUCAUUAAGAUUCCCUCCUCGGCCCUCACCGGCUUCCGUCUCCACGUUAAUAUACUCACUUUAUCUGCGGCGCCGGCUCAUAGUGUAAAUGUAUUUUCUUUGUCAUAUGUGGAAACAAUGAUUUCCACGGUGGGAGACGCAUCAUUAACAGCAGCGCCAAAGAUCUUAAUAGAGUGUGGCUGCGUGGUGCGUUCAGGGACUGCUCCAACACCCUGGCUUCCACCGUUUUAAUAGCUUUAAUUAAAAAAGCUUUCACUUGAUUUUAGCUGCUAAUACAGUGGAGGAAAUGUGAGAAAAAUAAAUGUCUUGUAGGCCUAGUUAUUUUUUAAAAUGUCAAAACUUUAGCUGUGUGGUUAAUCACAGUAACAUAAGCUGCUGUGUCAGUUUAUUUUCUCGGUUGUUGACUCGAGCUGAAGCGUCACUUUCCAGUAGAUCAACAGGCCUGAUCCUGGUCCCUUCACGUCGCAGCUUCACUAAAAACUCCCAUUUCCGACAGCACAUGAAGGCACCGUCGCUCCAACCAAGACGCACAUGAGAAGCAGCGGAGUUUCUGUCCCGUCCAAUCACGACGCUGUGUCACUCGGCCCUCCGUCCAAUGGGAAUAGCGCGCGUGCAGGUGGCUGCGCUGUUAUCAGCUGGUCCCGCUUCACUCCCAGCAGAGAGCGAGUCAAUUUAUGGCGAGAGAAGCCGACCCCCUUUAAUGGUUCCCAUCAAAACCACUAAAAACACCAUCAGACCGUCCGACUUCCGCGAGGAUUCCUGUGGCGGACGCACGCGGCCGUCUCCCAGCUGACACACUCCGACCAAAACAAACACGCGGAAAAGACAUUUGGGGAGUUUUCACCGAGCUCUUCGCCUCCCGAGAGAGAAGAAGUUCGGCUUUGCUCAAGUUUCCCAACAUUCCCAGAGAGUUCCUCGUCGGCCGGGAUACUUGAGGAGAGGGCGGCAGCAGUGGCCUGGCUCCUGAACGUCUCCAGCCCGCUCUGCGCCUUCUCUCACUCCGCUGCACUUGCUUUUAUCUCCCGUUUUUGUCCGAGCGAGUUUGGUGGUUCAUGUUCACAAAUGUUAGCGGUCGGGCAGAUGGAGGCUAACCGGCAGAGUGCUUUCGUCCUGGGCAGCACCCCGCUGGCGGCGUUGCACAACAUGACCGAGAUGAAGACGUCCCUGUUCCCGUACGCGCUGCAGCAGAGCCCGGCGGGCUUCAAGGCGCCGCCGCUGUCCAACCUCAACUCGCAGAUCUCCGGGGGCACUCCGCACGGAAUAAGCGACAUCCUGGGGAGACCCAUCACCACGGCGGGGCAGCUGCUAUCCGGGUUCCCCAGGAUAAACGGCCUGGCCACCACCGCGGCCGCAGCGGCGGCGGGGAUGUACUUCAGCCCGGCGGUGUCGCGGUACCCGAAGCCCCUGGCCGAGCUGCCCGGGAGGGCGCCCAUCUUCUGGCCCGGGGUGAUGCAGGGUUCUCCCUGGAGGGACCCGAGGGUUCCCUGUCCCACUCAGGCUAACAUCAUGGUGGAUAAGGACGGAAAGAAGAAACACUCCAGACCGACUUUUUCAGGACAGCAGAUUUUUGCACUGGAGAAAACCUUCGAGCAGACAAAAUACCUGGCGGGACCAGAGAGAGCCCGGCUGGCCUACUCUUUAGGAAUGACCGAGAGCCAAGUCAAGGUUUGGUUUCAGAACAGAAGAACCAAAUGGCGGAAGAGGCACGCGGCGGAAAUGGCCUCGGCCAAGAAGAAGCACGACUCCGAGACGGAGAAGAUGAAGGAGAGCUCGGACAACGAGGAGGACGACGAGUACAACAAGCCGCUGGACCCAAACUCAGACGACGAGAAAAUCACGAGACUGUUGAAAAAGCACAAGGCCACCAACCUGGCGCUGAUCAGCCCCUGCAGCAACAGCUCGGACACUUUGUGAUGGCGCACAGAGCGGGGGAGGCUCCACCAGAGACUUGAGACUUUCACCUGACACUGACGAACAUGCGCCUGCGGGGACCGCUCAGACUGGACUUCAGAACCAGGUGUGUG